UCUCCAUUUUCUCCAUUCUCAAGGGUUUUGAGAAUUUGGGUUUUUCCCUAAAGCUCCGACCUUUUUCCCUUUUCCCUAUCUGAAAAUAUAGGGUUUUUGUUCAUGGACAACAUAGCCUCUGAUUUAGACCUCGCAGAGACGAAGCAGAGCAAUCUGAGCAGAGCCUAUGAGAGCCUACACACCCAAGCUUCUCCCUUUAUGGUCCUAGGUCCUCAGUGGAAGGACCUCGAGGACCACCUCGACUCGACCCGGACCAAAAUCCAGACCCGGUUCCAGGAGCUGCAGGCCCGGGAAGCCCAAAUCGCCGACCAGGUGAAAAAGCUUGAGUCUUUGAAGGAGGUUGAGUACGGUAAGAGUCACUUGCAGUCUUUAAAGUUGUUAAUUGAAGAAACUAGUGAAGAGCUUGGUGUGAAAGAGAAGAGGUUUUCGGAAGUUGAGAGGUUGAUUAGAGUGAAGGAGAGAAUGCUUGAGGAUAGGAAUAAGAUGUUGAGUUUGGUUGAGAGGAGGAUAGAGGAGAAGGGUAGGGAGGUUGAGGGGAAGGAGAAGAAGGUGAGGGUGGUGCAAGGAGUGUUGGAUAAGUACUGUGUUGAUAUUAGGAAGAGGAAGAAGGAGUGUGGUCUGAGAGGAAAAGAGGUUAAGAGGGUGGAGAGGUUGAUUGAGAAGUGUGACAAGGAGUUGAGUUUGAAGUGGGGGGAAAUGGAAGGGAUUCAGAAAUCGAUGGUGGCGUAUUCGGAUAGGAUUAAGUCGAAAGAGGGGGUUAUUAGGGAGAUGGAGUUGAAGGUGAAGGAGUUUGGGAUGCAUAAGAAGGCAAUGGAGGAGUGGUGUUGCAAGGUUGAAGUGAAGAAGAGGGAGCUUGAAGUGUGGGUGGAGAAGGUUGAGCCGAGGGGGAGAGAGUUUGAGCCGAGAGUUGAGGAACUUGAUUUGAUUGGUAAGAGGGUUAAUGAGUGUCUCAAUGAGGCUCAGUUGACAUUGGAAAGGGAUUUCCGUUUGCUUGAGGAAAUGAGACAGGAGAAUGUGAAGCAUUUUGAGUUAGUUGAGAAGUCAGUGCAAGAACGUUCUCAUGAACUUGAAAUGAAAGAGAGGAGACUUGAAGAAAAGGCAAAAGAGCUUGACUUGAAACAAAAACUAUUGGAAUCUAUUCCGAAAGCUACUGGAGAACAAAUGAAAUCGAAGGAGAAGGCUAGUAUUGUUCAUCCUUUAGUGAAUAUUCCACAUAUGUUCCUUGCAAACAAUGUCGUCGUUCCUUCAACAGCAAGUAAUGCUAGAGGUUUGCAGUUGAUCGUGAGUGAGCAUUUGAAGAGAAUUGAUUUAAUGAGUAGAGAAAUAUCAGCUCUUCUUCAAGCCUCAAGAGACCCAGCAGGAUUGGUUUUGGAUGCAAUGCAGGGGUUUUACCCUACAAAUUCAACGGUGGACAACAGGGAGCUUGAUUCGGAUCUAAGAGUGAUUAGAAGGAGUUGUAUUGUAUUGCUACAGGAGUUAAAGAGAUUCUCGCCACAAAUUAAUGCUCAGGUCAGAGAAAAGGCAAUGAAGUUGGCAGCUGAGUGGAAGGCUAAGUUGUCGGUGACCACUGAGAAUAGGCUGGAGGUGUUGGGCUUCUUGCGGCUUCUUACUACGUAUGAAUUGACCUCCAUGUAUGAUCCAAAGGAGCUUCACAGUCUUCUCUCUAUAGUUGUUCAGCCUGAACAAACAACUGAAUUCCAGGCCCUUGGUGCCUCAGAUAAGGCAUUUGUGAGCAGCACAAUUUCUUUCCCAGUUAGAAUUGAGGAACCGGAAUCUUCAGUGGCCAAAUUUGUAGCCCCCUUUUCAGCUCCAAAUCUUCAACUAAGUGCAACCAGAGAACCAACAAAUUUUCAGGGGUUCAUAGUUAAGCGUUUGAGUGAGAAUAAUUCAGUACAGGACAAAAUGUUGGCCACUCUUCAAAUGUCACCAGACCCAGCACAAAUUGUGUUGGAAAUGCUGCAAAGCUCUUUUGCUCAGUGUUGGAGAGAAGGAGGUUUUUUUUCAGAAGUAACUGUCAUGAAGGGUUACAUUUACCUACUGGAGACACUAAUGAGAGAGUCAAAGCACAUUGGACCUCGUGUGAAAGAAGAUGCAAGAAAGCUGGCAGUGCAGUGGAAAACUAGAAUGAGAGCCGAUGCUGGCAACUCGUUGGAGAUUUUACUAUUUUUGCAGUUUUUGGCUACAUAUGAAUUGCUCUCUACCAUAAAUGGAGGUGACAUUGUCAAUCUUCUUGGGGUGAUUUCUCGGCAUAGACAGGCUCUAGAACUAUGUCAGUCAGUUGGCUUUGCAGAUAAGAUUCCUGGUUUUAUUUGGAAUCUCAUUGACAGGAAGCAACUAAUUGAUGCUGUUAGAUGCAUUUGCAUCUUCAAGUUAAUAGACAAGUUCCCUGCUGUACAACUUUUGAAAGAUCAUGUGCAUAAUGCAAGAAAGCAUGCCAGUGAAAUUUGCAAAAAUCAGUUAUCAUUUGGUGAAACGGAGAAGGUUGUAGAUGGUCUAAUAGGUGAUCUAAGAGCUGUGCAUCAAUGCAUCAAAGACUACAAUCUUGAGUCCGAAUAUCCAUCUGCAGACAUCGAAGUACAAGUAAUUCAGCUGGGAAGACUGAAGGAGCAUUACAGAAGUUUGGCGCCAUCUCUUGCCUUCAGGGUCGAUCAACAAGAUCAGAGAAAAAGGAAGAGACCAAGCACCAGCACUUCUGCCCCCAUCACUCAACCACAUGAACAGCUUGAACAAAGUAAUCACCAGACAGCUGUAUCCACUGCUAUACCCUAUGCACUGCCGAUUUCCACUUCAAUUUGUCCAGAGUCAAGUUCGUUAUCUAGGCUGUAUGCAAAUUAUGGACUCCCUGGACAGUUUGGUAUGGCAGCCAAUGACCACGCAACCUGUGCUAAUUCUGAAGGUGGCUUGAUGCUAACAUUGACAGGCCAAUAUGGAUCGAAUGUCAGAAAUCCACUGCAAGUGCACAGUGCUGAUCAUGACCAUGCUCAUACAGUCAUCCUUGAAUGAUCCAUAACUUUAUAGGAGGCCACAAGUUUAGGUAGAUAACAAGCCUAAUUUUUUAUUGUAGCUUUACCAGUAUUAGUAUUUGAUGGCAUGACUUUUCUAAGUUGCAUCACUUCCAUUUAGGACAAAUUAUGUAGUUGAAAUGUAGUUGAAAUGUUUUAGAAGCUUGAGACUUGUGUUCAGUUACUUGAGGAAGAAGUUUGAAAUGGAUCUGAUGGUAUUGAUAAGGGGGAGUUGAAUUUAACUCCCCUUU